AUGAGCUCUGGCAGUAAAGUAGUCCCAACCACCAGCUCGCAUGGCGAGAACACAGCAUAUCGCAAGCGACCAGCUAGUGUCCUGCAAUGGGGGGCACAGGAGGUUGGCUCCAUGCUCGUGCAGGAUAAGGACCCAGGCAGUAGUGACGACGAAGACGAGAGGCAAGGGGACGACGCCCUCGUCUCGUCCAACCUCCAGAACCCAUCCGAUGCGCUGCGCCUGCUCGCCAACGCCAGUAGUCUGCCUUACCACUCACUCCACUCGACGUACCCCGCCAAGGCGGACGACGCUGGUCCAGCCGGCAACACUUUCUCGAUAUGGAGCACUUGGAGUCCUAUUCAGCAAGGUCUCCUCACUGUACAGGACGCGCGUGCGCUAUUCUCAUUUUUCGAAGUCGAGAUGGCGCCCCUCUACCCACUAAUCCACCCCACGCUCUUUGAACAGCACUACCUCGACACGCUCGUCCGCGACGAACCCCUCCUUCUCGGCACAAUUCUCACCAUCGCUGCGCGUUACUCGAAUGUUCUGGUAGACAACCGUGGUGCGAUCCUCCACAAGGUGAUCUGUCAAUGGGUUCGUCUCCAGUUCAUGCGCGUGAUGGACGGCGACUCGGCCCUGCGCUCCAUCAGCACGGUGGAGGCGCUAUUACUGCUCAGCGAGUGGCCCAUGCUACCGAUGACCCAUCAACUUGAAGACAACAGCGAGCCUGAGACGGAGGAAUUCCUCCUCCUGAAGCCAAGCCUGCGCUAUGAUGCCUACUCGUGGAGCAACAUUGGCUGGGCGGUGCGGCUAGCGCAAGAACUCGGUAUCCACGACAUUGCGACGGGCAAGUCGCCACAGAGCGUGGAGCCGUGGAAGACGGAGCGCAUGCUCAAGACCUGGGUGUACUGCUACAAUGCCGACCGUCACAUAUCUGUCCGCCUUGGUCGUAACGCUGCGCUACAACAAUCCAUGACCUCGCGAUGGUGGGAGGACUUGUCAGAUCAUGUGCACCGAAAAAACCGAGAUGGAUCCAACGACGUGUGGACGUCGGACAUAUUCAUGCUUGCCUGUAUCGCGCAAUUGAUGGGCACUGUCCAGGACCACUUGUACAUCCACAAGGAUGUCACACGGACCCUGCUUCGUACGGGAGCGUGGGAGUCAUUCUUGCAGCGACUACGCGUGGAAAUACGGUACUCGAAGAACGCCUGCCAGACGAAACUCAACGACGGCACGGUUGAUUCUGCGCUGUUGAGAAUCGAGUUUGACUACUUGGUUCUGUAUGCCUAUUCGCUCACACUUCGGGCGCUGCAAGGCAAGCUCCGCCGCAGACGCCAGGUCAACGACGUGCACUACCACUCGCCGUCUCUCCUCAACAUGGUCGAGGGUCCGUGGAUCAUGGAGGCACUCCAUGCCGCGCGCUCGAUCAUCGAUAUUACACUCAACGUGCUCGAGAAGCGCAACAUUUUGCGAGUCUGCCCCUCGCGCAUCUUCCAAUACAUCCUCUUCGCCGCGACGUUCAUGUACAAGCAAAGCACCGUGUCGCAGCUGGAGAAACUUGUACGGGCUCUCAGUCGAGCGUCGAUUGAUGACCAACACUUCCUCCGCGGCUUCGCUGGCUUAUUGAGUCGGCUAGGCAAGUACUGGCACUCGGGUGCGGCCCCGAAGAUCAACUCACAAUCCGUCCUCAACCCAGCACACGCCAACGCCGGUGUGUCCUCGACGGCGUCAUCAGAAACCGCGUCUUUCACGCCAAACAUUGAAUCACUACUCACAAGCGCUGUCACAACCAUGGACACGUUCGGCAUCGCGCCGUCUCCCGCGUCCUUUGCCGUCAUAUCUCAGGACUUUACGUGGAACUUUGACCCUACAUUCCAGAUGCCAGCGGCCGAUCACGAGCAGGACAUGCUCUUCGAGUCGAUCUGGGGACAGGGUGCAGAGGACGCGAGUGGGUCGGCGUCCAACCUCUACGCCACGCUUUUGGGCGAUGUACUGGCCUUUCCUGAGGGGCUCGACGCCUCAUGA